AUGGCUUUGAUUUUCAGUUACAUCUGUGGAAAAGCAUUGCAUACAAAAGCAGGGAAUGAGAUUAAAUGUGAUGAUGUUCUGAUCAGUGAAUAUCACCUGUUCUACAAGAUGAGUAACAGUCACCCUCUUCGCCCCUUUACUGCCGUGGGGGAGAUUGAUCAUGUGCACAUUUUGUCUGAACAUGUUGGUGCCUUGCUGGUUGGAGAAGAAUAUGGCGACGUCACAUUUGUUGUGGAAAAGAAACGCUUUCCUGCCCACAGGGUAAUUUUAGCAGCAAGGUGCCAAUAUUUUCGAGCAUUACUGUAUGGUGGGAUGCGAGAAUCUCAGCCUGAAGCAGAAAUCCCUCUCCAAGACACCACUGCAGAAGCAUUUACAAUGCUGCUAAAAUACAUCUACACCGGGCGGGCAACGCUGACAGAUGAGAAGGAGGAAGUGUUGCUGGACUUUCUGAGCCUGGCUCAUAAAUAUGGAUUUCCAGAGCUGGAGGACUCUACCUCUGAGUAUCUCUGCACCAUACUUAACAUUCAGAACGUCUGCAUGACUUUUGAUGUCGCCAGCCUCUACUCACUUCCCAAGUUAACUUGCAUGUGCUGCUUGUUUAUGGAUAGAAACGCUCAGGAGGUGCUCUUGAGUGAGGGCUUCCUCUCCCUGUCUAAGACAGCACUUUUAAACAUCGUAUUAAGAGAUUCAUUUGCAGCUCCCGAAAAAGAUAUCUUCCUAGCCUUGUUAAACUGGUGUAAGCACAACUCAAAGGAGAAUCAUGCUGAAAUCAUGCAGGCCGUGCGUUUACCUCUGAUGAGCCUCACUGAACUUCUGAAUGUUGUGAGGCCCUCAGGACUGCUGUCUCCCGAUGCCAUUCUGGAUGCUAUUAAAAUUCGAUCUGAGAGCCGGGAUAUGGACCUCAAUUACAGAGGCAUGCUCAUACCAGAAGAAAAUAUUGCAACUAUGAAGUAUGGAGCCCAGGUUGUAAAAGGGGAGCUGAAGUCUGCCUUACUAGAUGGUGAUACUCAAAAUUAUGAUUUGGAUCAUGGAUUUUCUAGGCACCCGAUUGAUGAUGACUGCCGUUCUGGCAUUGAGAUUAAGCUAGGCCAACCCUCUAUUAUCAAUCACAUACGGAUACUCCUGUGGGACCGAGAUAGCCGGUCUUACUCAUACUUCGUUGAAGUGUCGAUGGAUGAACUUGACUGGAUCAGAGUGAUUGAUCAUUCACAAUAUCUGUGUCGUUCUUGGCAGAAGUUAUAUUUUCCAGCCCGGGUGUGCAGGCCCUUUAUCAGUACUCCAGGCAGGAAGAUGGAGGACUAUGAGGAAGGAGCAGCACCUGUAUCCAGAAAGAGAAAGCUCAGCGAAUAGAACCUUUGUGUCACCCUGCAUUUCUUCUUCUCAUAUACUGUAUCUACUCCGGUAACAAAUCCUGUUGACCCUACCUUCAAAAUACACCCAGAAUUGGAACCAUUUUUCACCGUAUCUGCUGCAGCUGCACUGGUCCAAGCCACUGCCAUCUCCUAGGUUAUUGUAGUGGCCUAAUACCUCAUGUCCCUGCUUCCACUCUUGUACUCCUAUAGCCCAUUCC